CUUGGCGAGUCGUAUGGUCCUCAGCAUGAUUGACGGGUCACCGGCGUGGAACCCGCAUGCGACGUUCGCUGAAAACACACAGAAGCAUGAGAACUUGUCAAUCGAAUGCCGUCGAGCUCACCAUAGUCAAUGAGCGGCAUGAGCUCCUCGUCUGGCCCCAGCUUCCAACGGCCAAACGCCUCACCCAUGUCACAGUUGAUUGAUAUCUUCAUGGUGUUGAGCACGUCGAGAAAGGGUAAUGCUUAUCCGCUGACCCAGGACGUUAUGCUACCGGCGUAAAUAUAUAUGCUUGUCCGUACUUUCGGCUGCCGGGGCCAGCCAGGAUUUCGGGUAUCAAAGAUCAGCCCAUCCGGCAUUUACCGGAUAUGAAAUUUCUUUGCAAAUGUUGCGUACCAAGGCCGAUUUGUUUUCCGCAUCUUCCCACUCCGCAUUCGACCCUCCUCCAAACAAUGGCCACCUUCAAUGCUUCUGUCUUCGGCCUCAAAGAUUCUUCACUCAUUAAAACCCAGGGACUCAUCGACGGGAAAUGGGUGGAUGCGAAGGAUGGAUCAAGGUUCCAGGUGACCAACCCGGCAACGCUCGAGGAGCUUGCGACCGUGCCGGAUAUGGGUCUCGAGGAGACUAAGGAAGCCAUCGACGCUGCUGCAAGAGCAUUCCCUUCAUGGAGCGCGACCACGCCCAAACACAAACAAGAACUUCUCAACAAGCUGCAUAAUCUCAUGGUUGAGCACCACGAAGAUCUCUCUCGAUUGAUCACCGUUGAGAACGGGAAGGCUCUUUCUGACGCGAUUGGUGAGAACAGAUACAGCGCGUCUUUUCUUGAUUGGUACGCGGCAGAGGCGCUUCGCACCUACGGAGACCACAUCCCUUCAGUCGUUCCUGGACUCCGAAAUGUUGUCAUCAAGCAACCAGUCGGCGUCGUGGCCAUUCUGACUCCCUGGAACUUCCCGUCAGCCAUGAUUACCCGCAAGCUUGGUGCUGCCUUGGCUGCUGGAUGCACGGCCGUCAUUAAACCUGCUCCUGAGACUCCUUUCAGCGCUCUUGCUCUGGCAGAACUUUGCAACCGGGCAGGUUUCCCUCCAGGUGUCGUCAACAUUGUGACUACUCAGAAGAAUGUAGCAGCGGUUGGUAAGGAGAUGUGCGAGAGCAAGAUUGUCAAAAAGGUCACCUUUACUGGUUCGACCAAUGUCGCCAAAUUGCUGUACAGCAUGGCCGCGAGCACGUUAAAAAAGAUAUCGAUCGAAGCUGGCGGCAACGCGCCUUUCAUCGUGUUCGAUGAUGCAAAUAUCGAUGAGGCUGUCGCUGCUGCUAUAGCUUGCAAGUUCCGCGGUGGUGGACAGACUUGUGUCUGUGCCAAUCGUCUUUACGUUCACUCUUCUGUCUACGAUGAGUUUGCGUCGAAGCUGGCGGCGCAGGUGUCAGCGUUUAAGGUCGGCAAUGGUGUCGCGGACGGAGUUACUCAUGGUCCUCUUAUUCACCGUCGCGCCCUGGAGAAAGUGCACUCUCAUGUCGAAGAUGCCGUAUCUCGAGGUGCCUCGGUUGUUAUUGGUGGUAAACCCAUAGCUCCUGAGGAUCCCUCAUCAUCCUUCUACCACCCGACUAUCCUCACUGACGUACCCACUGAUGCUCUGGUCAACACCGAGGAGACCUUCGGUCCGUUAGCAUCUCUGACCAAGUUCGAGACAGAAGAGGAGGUCCUCCAUCUGGCGAACAACGUCGAUGUCGGUCUUGCUGGUUACCUCUUUUCAAGAGAUGUGGGCCGUGUCUGGCGCGUAGCGGAGAAACUCGAGGUCGGAAUGGUGGGCAGUAAUGUGGGCAUGAUUACCCAGGCGGCGAUACCGUUUGGCGGGAUCAAGGAGAGUGGAAUUGGACGUGAGGGUGGGCCUCGUGGUAUAGACGAGUAUAUGAAUGAGAAGCUCAUCGUUUUUGGGGGUAUCGGAGCAUAAAAAUGAGUAGGGAGAAUGCAAAAAGGGUUGCAGUUGUAAUUGAUAUUGUAAAGCAUGAUACAAGCGAGCGCACGCAUGCGUCGUAUAUACUCGGGAAUUCGCUUUUGCGAGUCUACAAUGAGGAAGGAAUUAUACA